AUGCGAGGUGCCAAAACUGGUCACGCCCCCGUGUCUGACCAUGUGCUCAUUCGCACGUGCCUGAAGGUGUUCCUCUCAUCUGUGCCCAAAAUGCCACAUGCGAGACGCCUUGAUGUCGCAAAGCUCCGGCAACACAGCACUACCGGGGCCCUAAGUACAGAAAUCCAGUCCCGUUUAGGAAUGUUUCGAGGCAUCGACAUCAUUGAUCGUAGUCGUUUGUCCCGGCGAGCAUUACGUCUAGCAGGUGCUUACGCUAAGGCACAUCCAUGUUGCCUUCUCGCAUGCGAAAAGACCCAUCAAGUUGUUGCUGAGGUGUAG